GUUGAUGUUCCUGCGGAUUCUCUGCGCGUCUCGGAGCGCUGCGCCUGAGGUCGCUGUUCUGAGCGUCACGUCUCCUUCCUCCUUUCGAUUUUACAGAGAAAAUGGAGAAACACUACACGGAGUCUAAAGUAAAAGGAGUCAGCACUGGGACCACCAUCUUGGCUGCGAUAUUUGAUGGAGGGGUCGUGAUUGGAUCAGACUCAAGGGCUUCAAUUGGAGGGGAAUAUGUAUCUUCUAAAACCAUCAACAAAGUGGUUCAGGUUCAUGACAAGAUCUUCUGCUGCAUGGCUGGGUCACUUGCAGACGCUCAAGCCGUCAUCAAAACUGCAAAGUUCCAACUGUCAUUUCACUGUGUACAGAUGGAGAGUCCUCCUCUUGUGAUCGCUGCAGCAUCAGUUCUGAAAGAACUUUGUUAUAAACACAAAGAUGAGCUGCAGGCAGGAUUCAUCACAGCAGGAUGGGACAAAAAGAAAGGACCACAGGUAUAUGUUGCAUCUCUGGGUGGGAUGUUAAUCAGCCAGUCUGUAACCAUCGGCGGCUCAGGAAGCACCUAUAUCUACGGCUACGUUGAUGCUAAAUACAAACCUGACAUGACCAGAGAGGAAUGUCAACAGUUUGCCACCAACGCUAUUGCUCUGGCUAUGGGCAGGGACAACGUCAGUGGAGGUGUUGUUCACCUGGUGGUGAUAACAGAAAAGGGGGUGGAGCAUGUGGUCGUACCUGGAGACAAACUACCAAGAUUUCAUGAUGAAUGACCAGAUUUUUUCUGUUUAAAACUUUAGCCUUAUUAGAAAAUGGUUAAUAUCAUGUCCAAAUGUUAUUUUAACUGAUAUUAAGACCUGAAAAAAAGGCAAUACAAAAAACUCCACUCUCAUCAUGUUUUUUGUAUAAAAAUAGGUAUUUUGCCCAGUUAAACUCUUACAAGAGAAUUAAAACGAAUCAAAUGAGUCUGUCUAUUAUGACCUCCUUAGUAGUUGAAUUCCUUGAAACAAUAAGCAGCAAAUGGUAAUUUUUCUAAUAAAUGUUUAUUAUUAAAAUGAAAAUAGUUUUCCC